AUGUUCUACUAUUCUUCAAAUCCUCGCUACGAUAUAACUCUGUGUGCUCAACGGCGUGCGGCUAAUACAGGCAGUGAUUCACGGAACAGAACUCUGCAUUUCCCUUUUGAAAGGUUUGGCGUAGACAAUUGCCAGUGGCUCCUGAAAUGCAUAGUGGGUUCUGUUCUGGUGCGCACAGUUUACGUGGGCCAUCGGACUGGUCGUGUUGCGCUGCUGUCUCGACUCAGUUGCGAACGCGUUGGCACGCGGUUCAAUGUGCGUGGCGCAAACUCGCUUGGAUAUGUCGCCAAUUUCGUGGAGACCGAGCAGGUUCUUGUGUUCGACGAAGGCGAGUGUUCUUUGGUGCAGGUUCGAGGCUCAGUGCCAUUGUUCUGGGAACAACCUGGUGUUCAAGUCGGUUCCCACAAGGUGAAAUUGAGAGCGUUCGAGGCAAGCGGUACAGCCUACCAUAGACAUAUGUCUCGACUGGAGUCGAUGUAUGGGAAGGUUACGGUCGUGAACCUCCUUGGCAGGAAAGAAGGAGAAAGAGUUCUUGCUGAUGCGUUCCGUACGCAACACAAAAGCUCGAAGUUGGCCAAUUCGAUCGAUUUCAUUGAUUUUGACUAUCACUACCAAAUGAAAAUAUCAAAGGAUUCUCUCAAUCAUCUCGUCAGAAAACUUGCCCCUAUCGUUAGCAGCAACUCAAUUUAUCUGGCGUCUGAUGGUAACGUGAAAAGGCGUCAGACAGGAAUUUUACGGGUCAACUGUCUUGAUUGCCUAGAUCGAACCAACUCCCUUCAGACCGCCAUAGGACUUUUGGUUGUAAGGGAUCAAGUAGCUGCAUUGGAACUGGAAAAAGGAAAGGCGUAUAUUGGUCAGCGUAUUGAAGAGAUUCUACGUGAUUUAUGGCAAAAGAAUGGCGAUUUAUGCAGCAAUAUUUAUGCGGGAACGGGAGCGCUCGAUGGCAAGAGCAAGUUGAAAGACGCAUCUCGCUCCAUAGCUCGUACAAUACAAAACAAUUUGAUGGACAGUUCGAAGCAAGAAUCGUUCGACAUUUUCCUCUCUGGGGCGUUUUUUGACUCGCCGAUUUUCGACAAAGCUGUCACCCUACUUCCAAAUUCUAUCCUUCAUGAUGACUACUACUUCUAUGAGUGCGAUGAAGCUGUCGAGCAGGUGGUUAGUCGUUCCUCCGAGAUGACGUCACUCGACCGCAUCAAAAUUUUCAUAGGUACGUGGAACGUGAACGGUGGUAAAAAUAUGCACAACAUCGCGUUUCGUAAUCAGUCGAACAUGGCCGAUUGGAUUUUCCCCAAUGGAACGCUAGUGUCGGUUGAUAAUGUGGACGAGGCUCCAGAGAUUAUUGCGAUAGGACUCGAGGAAUUGGUUGAUCUCAAUGCUUCCAAUCUAGUGAAAGCCAGUACUACAAAUCAGAGAUUAUGGGCCGAAGGUAUUCGACGGGUCCUACACGAACAUGGUUCCUAUAUUCUUCUAGUCGUUGAACAACUG